CCCUCUUUGGCUAUUUCGCUCACCCCCCUCCCCUCACUCUCUCUUUCUUCUCCCCCGCAAAGAUCGUCACACACGCAUAUAUAUACACCAUCGAUGUAUACAAUACAAAGAAGGAGCACUAUAUUCAAUCAAAGGUGGCUUUGAAUGGAUGCAUAAAUAUGAUAAAAUAUCAAUAAGCUGUUCUUUAAAAUAUUAUUUCUUUCUUUCUUUGUCUUUUAUAAAAGUUCAACCCAUGAACAGCAGUAAUCACGAGUCAACAUUUGUAGUUUUAUGGUAUAUGAAUGGAUGCACAGCCACUGUCUAUAAAAAGGAAAAAGACAAUGAAAAGAAAGAGCCUAUAAAGACGAUAUGUUUUGCAAAUAAAGCAUAUUUGGCCUUUAAACAAAUUGACUGUUUGUCUAUUGCAAUACCAGCCAUAGGUUAUCUAAAUCAAUUGACCUCCUUAUUACUACAAAAUAAUAAUAUCAAGGAACUCCCUGAUGAAUUAUGGAAAUUGACAAGUUUAGAAGAAUUAAAUCUGGGUUAUAACAAGAUCAAGAGGAUACCAAAAGAGGUUGGAUUAUUAAUCAAUCUAAAAGAAUUAUAUUUACACAACAAUGAAAUACAAGAAUUACCAACACAGAUAGGAAGAUUAAAACAUUUGAGCGUACUUGAUUUGACACACAAUCAGCUAAAGUAUUUACCAGCAGAGUUAAAGAAAAUUCAAUUUUGGCAACUUUGGAUCGAAAAGAACCCAUUAGAGCAAGAUAUAUCCCAGUCGAUCAUGUCCCUAAGGGCGAUUUGUUGUCAAAUAGUGGGCAAACUAUGCUGUGUGGAUGAAGAAUCAAGAGAGGUCGUUAAAGAACAUUUACCAAAACCUAUGCAACAUGACAUAUUACCCAACCCAUCAAUAGCCUCACUUUGUUAUCACUGUGAUUCCAUACGAUGUCACUCGGAUUUAUAUUUUAUGUCCAACUCUUAUUUGUUCCAUGCCUGUAGUCAAUCUUGUUUCAGUCAAAUGAAAAAAAUCGAGCUAAAAUAUUGAUCAAAUAAUAUAAUCAAAUCAAAUAAUCGUGUGACCUCUUUCUUUCUUUAUUUUAUUAUACCCUUUUCCUCCCUUUUACUGCAUGGCUGGAUAUCUUGGUCAGAAUCAAGUCAUGUUUACGAAUAGUAUUCCUAAUGUAAAUAACAAUAACAAUAAAUAAACAUAUAAGCUCAACAUUACCCCUUAUAGAUCUAUGAUGACUCGGCAGCUUU